AUGGCCCGCCAAUUGAUCGUUCUUGCCCUCCUCUUCUCCGCCGUCUUCGCCGCCGCGGUUUCCGCCCAAUCCCCAUCCGCAGCUCCCUCGGCCUCGCCCGCGGCGGCGCCUUCAAAGCCCGCCACCACCCCCGCCGCGGCCCCCAAAGCCGCGGCAGUGCCCGCCGCGGCUCCGAGCAAGAUCGCCGCCACUCCCACGGCAGCCGUUCCGGCCGCCGCGGAGGAGGAGGCUGUAACUCCGGCCAGUGAAGCCUCUCCUGCCGCCGCCCCCGGAGACGCUCCGGCUGAGGCACCGCUUGCCGAUGGACCUGCGGCGGCUGACGAAGCUACGCCGGCAGCUGAUGCUGACACUGGCGCCGCCGCUGGUUUGGAGUUGUCAGCCGUCGUCGGCACCGUCGCCGCCGCCGGAGUCUUCUUCUUCUAA